UGAAUCUGCUAGGUGAGUCUGCGGUAGCUGCGGCAACGGUGGCCGCGGCUGCGGCGACUGGAAGGAAGCGGCCGCGGAGUACAGCGGUGGCUGCAGGUCAACAAAACUCAGUUACUUAGUUGCUGAAACUUCCCUGCCAACAUGGGGGAGCUUUUCCGCAGUGAAGAGAUGACAUUGGCACAGCUUUUCCUACAAUCUGAAGCUGCUUAUUGUUGUGUCAGUGAAUUGGGAGAACUUGGGAAGGUUCAGUUCCGGGAUUUAAAUCCAGAUGUGAAUGUGUUCCAACGAAAAUUUGUCAAUGAAGUUCGGAGAUGUGAAGAAAUGGAUCGUAAGCUCCGGUUUGUUGAGAAGGAGAUAAGAAAAGCUAACAUCCCUAUCAUGGACACAGGUGAAAACCCAGAGGUGCCUUUCCCCCGGGACAUGAUUGACCUAGAGGCAAACUUUGAAAAGAUUGAAAAUGAACUGAAAGAAAUCAACACAAACCAGGAAGCUCUGAAGAGAAACUUCCUGGAACUGACGGAAUUAAAAUUUAUACUACGCAAAACUCAACAGUUUUUUGAUGAGGCUGAAUUGCAUCAUCAGCAGAUGGCGGAUCCAGACCUGUUGGAGGAGUCAUCAACCCUCUUGGACCCAAGUGAGAUUGGAAGAGGCACACCCUUACGGCUUGGUUUUGUGGCUGGUGUGAUUAGCCGGGAGCGCAUCCCUACAUUUGAACGCAUGCUGUGGAGAGUGUGCCGGGGGAAUGUAUUCCUGCGUCAAGCUGAAAUUGAAAACCCCCUAGAGGAUCCUGUGAAUGGAGACUACGUGCACAAGUCUGUAUUUAUCAUUUUCUUCCAAGGUGAUCAACUGAAAAACAGAGUCAAGAAAAUUUGUGAAGGGUUUCGAGCUUCACUCUAUCCCUGCCCUGAGACACCACAAGAGAGGAAGGAAAUGGCUUCUGGAGUUAACACCAGGAUUGAUGACCUCCAAAUGGUUCUAAACCAAACAGAGGAUCACCGACAGAGGGUCCUCCAGGCAGCUGCUAAAAACAUCCGUGUCUGGUUCAUCAAAGUUCGGAAGAUGAAGGCCAUCUACCAUACCCUGAACCUGUGCAACAUUGAUGUGACCCAGAAGUGUCUGAUUGCCGAGGUCUGGUGCCCUGUUGCUGACCUAGAUUCCAUCCAGUUUGCUCUGAGGAGAGGCACGGAGCACAGUGGCUCUACAGUGCCUUCAAUUCUGAACAGGAUGCAGACAAAUCAGACUCCCCCAACGUAUAACAAAACCAACAAGUUUACAUCUGGCUUUCAGAACUUGGUAGAUGCUUAUGGCAUUGGAACAUACCGGGAGAUCAACCCAGCUCCUUAUACCAUCAUCACUUUCCCUUUCCUGUUUGCCGUCAUGUUUGGAGACUUUGGCCAUGGGAUUUUGAUGACUCUCUUUGCUGUCUGGAUGGUGACUCGAGAGAGCCGAAUCCUCUCCCAGAAGAAUGAGAAUGAGAUGUUCAGCACUGUGUUUAAUGGCCGGUACAUCAUUCUGCUUAUGGGUGUGUUCUCCAUCUACACUGGACUUAUCUACAAUGACUGCUUUUCCAAAGCAUUUAACAUAUUUGGGUCAUCCUGGAGUGUCAGGCCAAUGUUUGCGUCUAAUUGGACGGAAGAGACGCUUCGAGGGAAUCCUGUUCUCCAGUUAGACCCUGCCAUCAAAGGUGUAUUCGAGGGACCCUACCCUUUUGGCAUUGAUCCGAUUUGGAACAUUGCUACCAAUAAAUUGACCUUCCUCAACUCUUUUAAGAUGAAAAUGUCUGUCAUCCUUGGUAUAAUCCACAUGAUAUUUGGUGUUACUCUCAGCCUUCUCAACCAUACCUAUUUCAAGAAGCCUCUGAAUAUCUACCUUGAGUUUAUUCCUGAAAUUAUCUUCAUAACCUCGUUGUUUGGCUACUUGGUUAUCCUCAUUUUUUACAAAUGGACAGCCUAUGAUGCUCAUACUUCUAAGGAUGCCCCAAGCCUUCUGAUCCAUUUUAUAAACAUGUUCCUUUUCUCCUACUCGGAUUCCAGUAAUAAGAUGCUUUAUUCUGGGCAGCAAGGAGUUCAGUGCUUUCUGGUGGUGAUGGCAAUGCUGUGUGUUCCAUGGAUGCUGCUGUUUAAGCCACUGAUCCUUCGCCAUCAGUAUUUGAGAAAGAAGCAUUUGGAAGGGCAGCCUGUGGAGGCCCCAGUCAGCCCAACCCAGAACGAGCAGGGACUAGAGGCAGCAGCGGCUGCAACAGGAACUCACAACUUUGGUGGGAUCAGGGUGGGCAACGGACCGACUGAGGAGGAUGCUGAGAUUAUUCAGCAUGACCAACUCUCCACCCAUUCAGAGGACGCAGAUGAGCCUACCGAGGAUGAAGUGUUCGACUUUGGUGACACCAUGGUACAUCAAGCCAUCCACACCAUUGAAUAUUGCCUGGGCUGCAUCUCUAACACAGCCUCCUACCUUCGGCUCUGGGCCCUCAGCCUUGCUCAUGCACAGCUAUCUGAGGUGCUCUGGACCAUGGUGAUCCAUAUUGGUCUGAAGGUGAAGAGUUUCGCAGGAGGUUUGGGCCUAUUCUUCAUCUUUGCAGGAUUUGCCAUGCUAACUGUUGCCAUCCUCCUGGUGAUGGAGGGCCUUUCUGCCUUCCUCCAUGCACUAAGGCUGCACUGGGUUGAGUUCCAGAAUAAGUUCUACACUGGGUCUGGCUUCCAGUUCCUCCCCUUCUCCUUUGACUACAUUCGUGAAGGAAAGUUCGAAGAGUGACCAGUGGUCCAGGCUGGCCCAGUACAACCCAUACCCCUACUGUGAUAAUUCACUCUUCCCUCCAGCCCAUGUUUGCUGUAAUCCCUGAGGCCUGGCUACCACUGAACCUCUCUAGACAUCUGUGGAAGUCAUGUAGACUGUUACUGCUACCUUGUCCUGUCCCUGGUCCCCACAGCUUCGUGUUCUGUGACGAGCUUGAGCAGCGCAGCAGUGAUUCUGAUGUAGCCACCGACCAGAGAGCAAGAUACCUUCCCAUUAGAUGUUAUAGAGGCCAGGGGGAAGACCUCUCCCUCUCUUUCCCCAAUCUAUGGUUCACUACCCUUCUCACAUUUGCACCCAAGCAGCAACAGGUGUUUGGGGGAGUUCUUCCCCUCUUGUUAGACAAGGGAAACAAUAGCACCCCACUCCUGAUGUGUGUGCCCCAUACCUCUAGCAAGAAUUAUUGGGGGAAUUCCCAAAUCUCUCUCUUCAGGAAGGAGGAACUUAAACUCAACAACAGAUCUUGGAAGGUAGAGAUUUGUACCUCCUUCCCUGUGCCCUUCAACCAUGAACCUUUGCAAGUUUUGUUGCAAUCUGGAGUUCAAUUGGAGCAGAAAGAAGGUGGAAGUGACCUGAGCCUAGGACCAGGAACUCCUCCCUCUUUACUCUUCAAAACCCAUGUGUUCUAAGGAGGUUUCCUUAUUUGAGAUUUCUAACUACUUAAUCCCUCCCAUAUAUCGAAAGUGCAGAAAAGGAGUUACCACACCAAGAGUCCAUAGGGAUUUCCCUCUCCUAGCUAACAUUUAUCCUCCCCCCCCACUUUCCAUGCCUUUCACAACUCCUCUGUCCCCCAUCUCUUUACUGGUUUGGGAGGAGUGAGGACAGUGAACACUUUUGCACUGAGACAUCUUAUUUGGAACAGAACAGGAGAGCCCAAAGAUCCUGACCCCUUCCCUCCACAAUCAUGCUGUUUUGGUAUGGACUAUGGCCACCCACAAUGAUUCUCCUUGUGAGACUAGUGGGCCUCCCUUGUUUUUCAGAGCUCUUCCCACCCUCAAACUUAUUUUUCAGAAAUAGCUAUAGUUGGGCAUGGGAAGUGGUGCAGGGAAGAGCAGCUUCACCUGCACCCAUGUUGCUAAAUGGAGAUCAGUGAACUGUACUUCUGGAGGUUACACUUCACCUUGACCUACACUGGACCAUCAGGUUUAUGGCCCUUUAAUCAUGUGUUGGCACAAUGGCCCCAAUAGCCAUGACAGUUGUAGCAAAAUUGGCAUCUGUCCCCACACAUGUCCUUAUCACUCCUGGCCUUUACAAAUGAAUCAGUAUGGGAAUUCCUCUGACCACUGCCCUCUCAGGCAGUGAGAGGGUAUCUGAGUCUGUCUGGGACAUGUGAGCACAACUCUAAAGGAAGGUGGUUGGGCUGGCAUUGGAGAAUGAGGAUGGGGGGAAGCUUGGUUCCCUGUGUGAUGGCUGCUUCGACCUGCCUCAAUUCCUUGUGCAUGGUGCUCCCCUGCUCACCCUGACCCUUGUUUACAUGACCUUUGCUGUGCAUUUACAGUAGAGUUUGUUUAAAAUGGAGUCACUGAAGAGGAAGUCCUGUGCAAGGGCCCUCUGCAAACAUGCCUGUGCUGAAUAAAGUGUGUUUAGUUUCACUCCAAAA